CGGGUAAGCGAUCCAGAAGAAGCAGAUUUUCGUUGGAGGUGGGGAGGUGGGGAUCUGUGGAGUUGCGCGCGAGCGGGGGUGCAAAGCUAAGAAAAGGAACCGAGCCAGCCAGCAAGGCUAGCAACAGCGAUCUCCCCCUCCCGAAAGGUUUUGCCUUGGAUCUGAUCCUUUGGAAGAGCUGGAAUCGCUCCUUUCCACCAAAAGGAAUUGCUUCUCAACCAACAUGUUACAUACCAAAGUCAAAACCGAAAAACCAGAUCUUGAGACGGCCAAUGCUCGAAACCGUCUUGAUGCCGUCCUACAGUGUCUGCUGGAGAAAACGGAUGCUGACAGGGAUCAAAUGGAAGAGGACCCUGGAAAGACAUCAUCAGAUGCGCUUAGCAAGGACCCUUCUCCUAUUGCUACAGGAAAGAGGCCUUCCACCCGAUUCUCCCAUCACCGUCGAAAGAAGAGGAAAGAGAUGGACGACGGACUCACUGAAGGAGGUCCACAAAAGCAGAACACCUACAUCAUUAAGCUGUUUGAUCGAAGUGUAGACCUGGCCCAGUUCUCCGAGAACACUCCACUGUACCCUAUCUGCCGAGCCUGGAUGCGGAAUAGUCCCAUGGUGCGGGAACAAGAGCGAUCUCCCAGUCCCAAUCUCCCUACCCUGAUCGAGGAUGAAGAGGGUGUCGAAGUCUUAAAUGGGAAGAUCCAGGAUGUCUACAAGCUACCGUCGCCUCUCCCUUGCCAGACGAAUCCUGCGGGGGAACCCGUUAACCUGCGUAUCCCCUUCCCACCAGCAUCCGAAGAGGAAACAAAAGUGGCUGCUGAAACGACCUCUGAAGCGGCCCCUUCAAUGUCCACCCUCAUCUACAAGAACAUGGAGAGAUGGAAGAAGAUCCGACAAAGGUGGAAAGAAGCUUCGCAGAAGAACCAGUUGCGCUAUGCCGAGAGCAUGAAGAUCCUUAAGGAGAUGUAUGAACGGCAAUGAAGAGGGAGGGCGGCCCAUGUCGUCCUGGGAUCCCUUGUCUUCUCAGCUGACGUGACUGCUCCUGAGUUUGUCUAUCAAUAAAUGCGGCUUUUGUUUGCA